AUGUACUCCUCGUCGAAUUCCUUCCUCGGCGGUGGUGGUGCUGGCCGACCAGGCCAGGCACCAUUCAUGCAGCAGCAACAGCAACAGCCCUCAUACUCGCAAUUCGCCCAGGGUCAACAACAAGCACCAAUGCAGCAGCCACAGCCAACAGGCUUUGCGCCUCAGCCAACUGGCUUCGCCGGACAGCCCUCCCCUUUCGGUAGCGCCCAGCUUCAACCCCAGGCCACCGGAUUCCCCGCGGGCCAGCUCCAGCUCCAGCCGCAAUUCACCGGCUUCCCUGGCCAACAACCACAGCAGCAGCAGCCUCAGCUGCAACAGCAACAGAGCUUCCAGCAGCCUCAAUAUACCGGGUACCCUCCCCAGAACCAGUCGCAGCCGCAGGCCCCGCAACUGCAGGUGUCGCAACCGACAGGCCUCCCUACUCGUUUGAAGACCUCGUCCGAGAUUGCGAACUCCUUCCAAGCCGAUGGCUCAUCGGGCCCCCCCUCCGCAGGUGCCGCCGAAGACUGGUUCGAAAAUCCCGAGUAUUCGACUGUCGUUCAUCACUGCGCAGGACCAGGCCAAGUUUGA